ACUCGUGUUCUCUCCUUCCGUCAAUAUUAUUACAGUCUGCUACACAUUGACGAUCAUGGGCACUAACAAGCGAAUCGAGUGUGUAUUCUUUAGUGAAUUUCAUCCAACACUUGGACCUAAAAUUACCUAUCAGGUUCCUGAAGAAUAUAUAUCAAGGGAGUUGUUUGAUACAGUGCAGGUAUACAUUAUCACCAAACCCGAGCUACAGAAUAAACUCAUUACAGUGACUGCAAUGGAUAAGAAGCUAAUUGGAUGUCCGGUGUGCAUUGAGCAUAAAAAAUACAGUCGUAAUGCCUUACUCUUCAACUUGGGUUUUGUGUGUGAUGCUCAGUCGAAGACAUGUGCCCUUGAGCCCAUAGUGAAGAAACUCUCACAAUACCUCACAACUCUGGAGCUGGAGAGUGGCUUUAUUUCAAAUGAGGAUAGUAAACAGAAGCUGUUGCCCAUCAUGUCGACAUUACUCGAGGAGCUCAAUGCUACAGGAGCCUGCACUCUCCCUAUUGAUGAGUCAAAUACAAUUCACUUGAAGCUGAUUGAGCAGAGGAAAGACCCCAUCAUCGUGCAGGAGUAUGACGUUCCGGUCUUCACUCAAACCAAGGAACGUUAUAUCAAAUCUCAGUGGGAUCUCACCACACAGCAGAUUCUGCCUUACAUCGAUGGAUAUCGACACAUACAGAAGAUUUCAGCUGAAGCUGAUGUUGAGCUGAACUUGGUACGAAUCGCCAUACAGAACUUACUGUAUUAUGGAGUUGUAACACUAGUGUCAAUAUUUCAGUAUUCUAAUGUUUACUGCCCAACACCUAAAGUCCAGAGCCUGAUAGAUGACAAAGCUGUUCAGGAAGAAUGCCUGCAUUAUGUCAAUAAACCUGGACAGCGAGUGAGCCUCCGAGAUGUUUUUCAGCUUUAUUGUGGUUUAACUCCAGGAACUACAGUGCGUGACUUGUGUUCCCGUUACGCUCAGCAACUACAGCGGGUAGAUGAGAGAAAGCUGAUCCAGUUUGGUUUAAUGAAGGGCCUGAUUCGCCGGUUGCAGAAAUAUCCAGUUAAAGUCGUUCGAGACGAGAGGAGUCGUCCUCCAAAACUUUAUACUGGUUGCCACAGUUAUGAUGAGAUCUGCUGCAAAACUGGAAUGAGUUACAAGGAGUUGGAUGAGCGAUUAGAAAAUGACCCUAAUAUUGUCAUCUGCUGGAAGUGAAAUAAGUCAUAUGAAAUAUGGUAUUGUGGAGUAAGUUAUGUGAUGAAGUGGACCAGCAGCUGCAGUAAGUGGAAGUCAGUGGGACCACAGCGUGACAUAAACUCGGGUCCUGACACAAAAUACAAGAACGCAUAUAGUCAGGACCAGAAUUAUUGGCACUCUUGGAAAAGAUGGGCAAAAGAACAGGUUCUGGAGGGAAUUUCUUUUUUGUCAUUUAUUAACUUACACUGAAAUCUGAGAGAAAUGCCUUUAAAAUAUACUGUGUUUAACAAAACCACAACUAGUGGUACCCCAUGAUUUUUUUUAAAGUUUACCCAAGAGUUUAGGAACAAAAUUUUUAAAUGUUUGUUAAAAACAGAAACUUUGUGUACCUUGCUUUAAUUUUACCGUGUCUGCAAAAAGAACAUAUUGCAGUUCAUCUUUGGAUUCUUAUAUAUACACACUCACUGAGCACUUUAUUAGGAACAUCUCGGUGACAUUGACCAUGGCAUGGUGGUUGACCCCAGACCAGCUGGUUGAAGUAUUUUAGAAACUGCUGAUCUCCUGGGAUUUUCACAGACAAAAGAUUUUAGAGUUUAUUCAGAAUGCUCUGAAUAAUAAACAAACAAAACAACAAAAAAAAACUCAGAUAAGUAACAGCUCUGUUUGUGGAAAUGUUAAUGAAAGAGGUCAGAGUAAUAUGGCCAGAUAAGGUCUUCUACUGUUGUACCCCAUCUAAAUCAAGGGUGAGACGUUGAUUUUUUGCUCACCACAGAUAUAAAGAGCGAUUAUUUUAGGCCUGAACUAAUCUGUCCCUUUUCCUCAGACCUCUGAUAAACAAGGCAUUGCCACCAAAAGAGCUGUCACUUACUAGAUGUUGUUUUUGCCUUUCAGCACAUUCUGUAUAAACUCUAGAGACUGUUGUCUGUGAAAAUCCAAAGAGAUCAGCAGUUUCUGAAAUACUCAAACAAGCCGGUCUGGCACCAACAACCAUGUCAUGAUUAAAUUCAAAGUCUUUCCUCAUUCAGAUGCUUUAUGUGAACCAAAAUUUCCCAAAGCUGCAGGCCCAUAUUUGCAUGAUUUUAAGCAUUGCACUGCUGCAACACGAUUGGCUGAUUAAAUAACUCCAUGAAUGAGUAGGUGGAUGGGUGUUCCUGAUAAAGUGCUUAAGAAGUGUACAUUCCAUGCACAAGUUUCCAUUUUCUCCACCUUUUUGAUAGGAAAUUGUUGCUCUCAUUUCUAACCUUCUUUAAGAAAAUUAAGUUAUGGUCUUCACCUAGUAUCUAGAAACUACAGUUUUUGAAACAUUCAUCCUGUGAGCAGUUUUCUGACUCUUUAGUUUUGACAUAUGUGCAUAUUUGAAGCCAUCCCCUUGUGUUUUCUGAAAAUGGCAACUUACUUUUGGACUAGAAAAUUCUAGUACUUCAAGAAUAUUUGAUUUCCUAUGUUUUUAUGAGUGCUGAAAUGUGCAGAGUUUCAGCACUUGUAUGUACAUAAUCUAUAAAGGUGUAAACAAAUAUGUGAUAUGUGAAAUAAAUAUGUUCAGACAACAUAUUAGCAGUUU